GCUUUUAAUUGCAGACCUCACAUAGCCUGCUGCAGCGGGGAUGGCUGGCAUGGGAGCCUGGUCCAGCAGCAAUGAAGUGAAAUCCUGUACCCACUGUGCUAUCAGGCUUUAGCACCAUAUUUUGCUGUCCUAGCUCUUCUCCAAGCUGUGUCUGCAUGCAGUCUGGCGAAGGGGGAAAUAGCCGCUGUAGAAGCCAUACUGCUCCCUGUCUGCUGUCUCCACUCCUCUUCAUCUCCACUGUGGUUUUCCAGGAAAUACCUGAGCUUUUGGAGAUGCUGCUGGGGCAGGGGAAGGGCUCAGGAAAGGCUGGAUGGACCCUGUGGGUCAACAGCCAGUCCUGCUUAACCUCUUCAUAUGGACCAUGAGGCAGAGUGUACCAAGUUCACCGAUGACACCAGACUGGGAGGAGCAAGUGACACACCAGAGGGUCCUGCUGCCAUCCAUGGAGACCUCAACAGGCUGGAGAAAUGGGCUGAUGGGAACCUCAUGCCAUUCAACAAGGGGAAGAUCAAAGUCCUGCACCUGGGUGGGAACAACUGCAGGCACUGGGACAUGCUGGGGGCCAUCCAGCUGGAAAGCAGCUUGGUAGAAAAUGCCCUGGGUGUCCUGUUGGACACUAGGUUGAACAUGAGCCAGAAAUGUGCCCUUGCAGCAAAGAAGGUGAACAGCAUCCGGGGCUGCAUGGGGAAGAGUGUUUCCACAAGCUAAGGGAGGUGAUUCUUCCCCUCUGCUCAGCACUGGUGAGGCCACCCCUGGAGUGCUGGAUCCAGUUCUGGGCGAGAAAGACAUGGACAUACUGGAGAGAGUCCAAUGAAGUACCACAAAGAUGAUGAGGGGACUGGAGCAUCUCUCCUAUGAGGAAAGGCUGAGAGCUGGGGCUGUUUAGCCUGAAGGCUCAGGGGCUCUUGGUGAUGUCUACUGGCAGGACAGCAGGCAGUGGGCACACCCUGAAACAUGUGAAAGUUCAUCUGAACACGAGAAAACAUACCCGUAAGUGUAUCCUACCACAACCUGGUGCAAUAACUUCUCCUGUUUGUUUGGACUCCUUGAAGUCAGCAGUUUAUUUCCAGAUGUGAACAUUAAAAAUUGGGUCCUUUUGGAACAGUGUUCUUCUGUGGCCACCACGUGAGGCAAUGCAAAGUGCAUUUUGCCUACUCCUGCCUUACUGUGUAUUUGCUUUUUAGAUACAGGUAUUGCCCUAAUUUCCUAUAUUUACUACUUGAUGAAUGCAUGAAACAAAACGUGCAGCACUGAUAGCUUCGCAUCGCAGGGGGUUACCGGAGGGAAGGUCAGAUUUUGCUGAAUGGGGUCGCUCUUCCAGCUGUCAGCGGAGAGGUGUCAAUAGAUGAUAUUUGCGUUUCCAGGCUAAACAGGGAGGAAACUCCUGCCAGCUCCAGUGGCUGGUGGGGCUGGUGGUCCCGCUCAUCUCCAGCAGAGCCCCUGCACAGGACUAUGUCCCACCUGCAAAACGCAAGGUGGAAGUGCUGCUGCUUUCACCCUCUUUCCUGCUUUUGCAGCGAGCCUGGUCCCUCAGGAUAAUACACAGGUGAAGCUCAUGCCUGCAGCCUGCAUUAUGCAGUGCCCAUUCCUGGCUGCUGCUUCUGCCCGCUCCCUGCCAUGGCUGUUGUGCUGUGCUUCCUGUGGGGAAACCGAGGCAUGAACUCCUGCUGCCACUUGUGGGGCACCAGAAGCCUCCUGGCUGCCCUGAGCCCGCUGUCCCUGGGGGGCUGCACGCCUGGGAGUCUCCUGCAGCUUUCAGUGUGGUGCCGAGCAGGGUUGUGUGCAGGUUUCUCCACACUUGCCAGCACCUCUGCACCACUCAACAUGGCAGCAUCAUCCCCCCUGUUCAGCUCCCUCGGAGGGGUGCGAUGAAGGCAGCCCGAGCAUAUCCCUGCACCUCCAGGGCACAGGGUGCGCCCGUGGACAGGUGGUGAGGCAGGCAGCAGGGCAGGCAGGCAGCUGGAGGCGGGAUUCCCGUCGAUGCUUUCAGUUUCCCGUUUUCAGAGCCGCCAGGCCGCGGAUUUUCCUACCAACCUGAAAGCGCAAUCACGUCGGGCAGGCGGCAUAAAAAGCCAGGGCGAUGGGGAGCAAGGCAGCCACAGCCAAGAAGACGAAGCAGCCCUCAGACCAGCCAGCAGCCCAGCAGCCCUGCAGCCAAGCGAGCCACCCACAGCAACACCGUCAGGCAUCGCUACAUCAGGGAUUUAGUGGAUCCAGCCUGGAGCACUCCAGUUCAUCCUCUCUGGCUUCGUGUACUGCAGCACCCUUGCUUCAUUGUAACCCGCUCACCAUCAGGCUCUCGUCAGCAAAAUGCUGUGCCUCGGCUUCACCCCGCUGCUUGCACUGGUGCUGGGGGCCAGCCUUGGGGCCGCCUUCCCCCAGGAUGCCCUGAAGAAGAGCUGCAGCCUGUCCAAGUACCAGUUCCCUGUGCCCCAUGAGCUGAAGGCUGUGCAGAAGAUGAAGAUGCAUUUUGAGGCCAUCAUGCAUCAGUCGAACCGCAGAUGCAACACCAGGCUCUUCCAUAGGAAAUGGAACCCAGCAGAGCUGUCGGUGCAUGAUCGAAUGAUGCUGGUAGAAGCUGAACUGGACCUUGCCACCACCAUGUUGGGGCUCUCUGCUGCCCCCAAGUUCGCUGAGACACGCCAGCAGCCCCUGGCCUUCCUCACCCAAGCCCGGGAGGACCUGCGAGGCUGUCUGGCCAUGGAGGCUCCUUCACAUCAGCCCUCUGGGAAACUGAGGCACUGGCUGCAGAAGCUGCAGGUGGCCAAGGACACAGAGACCACCAGUUGCCUGGAAGCCUCCACCAUCCUCCACCUCUUCCAAGUGCUGAAUGACCUGCGGUGCACAGCCCUCCGGGAGCAAUGCACUUAGCCCCCACCGGCAGCACAGCCGGCAUGACACGGUGCUCACCAGCCCCAAAGGAUGCCCCGAGGACUGGGAAGAAUUAUUUUUAUUACAUCACUGGACUGUAUUUCCUAUUUAAGCAUUUUUCUUAUUUAUGUGAGCUCAGGGAGCAAUUGUUUUUUUAGGGUCUUUUAAAUUAUUGGGGGGUUUUGUGUAUUUAUAAAUGUUUCAGGGGGAGGUAAAGAAAUGCUGUUCCUGAAAGAUGCUGUUCAAUAGGGAUGAAUGUAUUUAUUUGAUAUCUUUGUUUUGCUGGUUUUCAAAACACUGACAGUUUUUAAGGAAAUCUAUUUUUUUACCUACUAUUUAUUACAGAGAGUAUUAUGUAUAUUUACCUGUAUAAAUUAUUUUUUACAUGCUAUUUAAUAUGAAAAAUAAACCAGAUACCA